AUGCUCCCUCAUAUUCUAGUCGGUCUGGUGCUGUCUGCCAGUGUGCAGGUCGCCCAGGCAGUUAAUAUUUAUCUGUAUCCUGCUCGAGACUAUGCUGUCGGCGUAAACUCGCUCGAGGCCGCGAGUGCAGCCGUCUCGCGUCAUCUUGGUUUGGAACGAUUCGAAGACGCUCCUAAUGCCUUGACUGUUGCAGAGGACUUUGUCGGCGCCGGAGUCAAGGACGGUGUUUUGCUGACUCUGACUGAGGACGAUGCGAAUGCGGUGCUAUCGUCCGACUUCAAGGCCUCAUCAACGAUAGAGCAAGUGCCAACUCCCAACAACAUUGAUUCGUUGGCAUCAGUGGUCUCUACCUACCUUCACCGUGCCCGCCACGCCUACUCGAACUUGUUCUCUCCCAGAGAAUCUUGGAGGUUGGAUGACGUCGACGACUUGGCCGACUUCUUCCAUUCAACCACCGGACCCGCGUUUGCUGCGGUCGAAGUAUCCAAGCUGCAAGACUUGCGACAGAAAUACGGAUCCACAAGCAACGAGUACCGCGCUUUCGCUUCCAAGUUACGAGAGUUCUUGGAGAAUGCAGUUCAGAACAAACCACACUUCAACGUCGCCAUUCUCACUUUCCAGUCGUCCUCCUCUGUGAAGCGCUCUCCGAACCCUCAACAAUCGCCCUUCCCAGAUCACCCUCUCCCACAAGAACCGAUUGGUGCCAUCUCAACUUGCUUUGCUGAUGUCGACACCUGUAACGAGAAGACCAGCUCUUGCUCGAGUCGAGGGCAAUGUGUCAAGGCGACCAAGUCCGGUCGCACCUGCUACGUCUGUGCCUGUGGUGUCACAAAGACAGGAAAGGGUGACAAAGUCAAGACCGAUCGAUGGGUUGGUGAAAGUUGUGAGAGAAAGGAUGUCAGCGGGCCAUUCGUCCUAUUGACGGGAACGACUAUCGUUCUACUGCUCGUCGUCUUUGGCUCCAUCACGCUCCUCUACAGCAUUGGAGACCAAAGUCUGCCGAGCAUCUUGCUUGCCACUGCUGUAACCUCGAAGAGAGACUGA